GGUACGUCACCGCUCGGAGGCGCCGGCGGCCGGGGGCUCGUCACGGGGAAGAUGGCGGCGGAGGGGGGCCGGGUGCAGAUCUCCUUUCCCCAGCACGCGGCGGCGUUGCUGGACUCCCUCAAUCGCCUGCGGCUGGAGGGGAAGUUCUGCGACGUGGCCGUCCACGUGGGAGGCCGGAUCUUCCCAGCCCACAAGAGCGUCUUGGCUGCCGCAUCCCCUUUCUUCCACGACAAGCUGCUUCUACAGGAUGGGGGGCGCCUGCUGCUGCCCCCCGCCAUCGAUCCUGACGCCUUCGAGGGUCUCCUGCACCUCAUCUACUCGGGGCGCUUGACGUUGCUGUUGGAGGCCCUGCCCGGUCACCUCUUGGUGGCCAGCGGUCUCCAGAUGUGGCACGUGGUAGAUCAGUGCUCGGAGAUCCUGAGGGAGUUGGAGGGUGGGGCGUGCCGGUGGGCUGGGCGGGGCAGCGAGGCGACGUCGUCAUCGUUGUCAAGCGGCCGCGGCGGUGAGGCUUCGUCGUCAUGGACCGCCCGCGGUGGAGAUGGGUCUUCAUGUAUCACCCGUGGUGGAGAUGGGUCUUCAUGUAUCACCCAUGGUGGAGAUGGGUCUUCAUCAUCAUCCUGGACCACCCGUGGUGGAGAUGGGUCUCUGUGUACCACCCAUGGCGGAGAUGGAGCAUCAUCGUGGACCAGCUGUGGUGACGGGUCUUCGUGUACCACCCACGGUGGAGACGGAGGAUCAUCGUGGACCACCCGUGGUGGAGAUGGGUCAUCGUGUCCCACCCGCGGUGGUGACGGAGCGUCAUCAUGGCCCACCCGUGGUGGCGAUGGGCUUCAUCGUCCUCGUGGACCAUGCGUAGCGGCGACGGCUCAUCGUGUCCCACCCGCGGUGGUGAUGGAACAUCCUCGUGGUCCACCCGUGGUGGUGACGGAUCUUCAUCGUCAUCAUGGCCCGUGCGUGGGUGGCGAUGGCUCUUCAUGGGCCACCCGUGGCGGUGACGCGGCGACGCCAUCUUUCACCAAGGAGGGGGGCGAGGAGGUUCUCAAAAUCCGUGUGGCCGCUGACGUGGCGCCAGCGGCGACGUCGUCCCUGAGCUCCCUCCUGAAGGAUGCCGGCGAGGAGGUCCUCAAGAUCUGCGUGGAGGAGGAGGAGGAAGAAGAAGAAGAGGAGGAGGAAGAGGGCGGCCACCGCCGCCGCCGCCGCCGCCCCACCGAUGCCCUCCAGAUCGUGCUGGAGGAGGAGGAGGAGGAAGACGGGGCACCUGGAGAUACCCACGAGCCCCCCAAGAUCUUCUACAUCAAGCAGGAGGUGGGCGACACCGGCGCCGUUGAGGACCUCCUGCCAGCGACCGAGCUGGUGGGCGGUUUUGCGCCGGCGGAGGUGAGCUACGUCAUCCCGGCGGGCGGCGGCGGGACGACGGUGACAACCGGCGGCACGAUGGUGACAACCGGAGGAGCGGCCGUCUUCCCGCAACCGUCUUGGAAACCGGUGGACCUUCACGGGAACGAGAUCCUGGGCCGAGGUCAAGCCCUUCAUGCUCCGGUGAAGCUGGGAGCGGCUCCCGACGGCAAACGUUUCGGUUGCUUGUGCGGUAAACGGUUCGCCGUCAAACCCAAGCGGGAUCGGCACAUCAUGUUGACCUUCAGCCUGCGUCCCUUCGCCUGCGCCGCCUGUCACAAGCGUUUCAAGUUGAAGCAUCACUUGACGGAGCACAUGAAGACCCACGACGGAGCCGGGCGAGCCUGCGAGCGCUGCGGCCGGCGCUUCCGCCUACGGAGCGGUUUGGCCAAACAUCGGCCGCUCUGCCAGGGGGCUCGGUGGGGAGGGGGGUGCUGGGCCUGCGAGUGAGGGGGGGGGGGGGAA